AAAAUUUGGUACAAUUUUUUGAUAAUUCAGAAUCUGAUUAUAAAGUAAAAGAGGACUUAUACUCUGAUAUAAAUAAGAACUCUUACUUUGAUAUAGAUGAAGACUCUUACUCUAAUAUAGAUAAUAAUUCUUAUUCUGAUAACGAAUCAAGUAGUGAAGAUAAUGUAUUCAGGAAUCCUAAUAAAUCUCUUGUAACAAAUAUAAAAAAUCUUAUUAAAAAGCUUCAACAAUGUU